GUGUCCACCCCGCAGGGCUCCUGACCCACCGCGGACGGCACCCCUUCCCAGACUCUGGUCGGGCCGGACUCCGCAGAGCUGCGUCGGCAAUGGCUCACGAGGAGCUGUGGGCCCAGCCAGCCUUGGAGAUGCCGAAGCGACGGGACGUCCUCGCCAUCGUGCUCAUCGUGCUUCCCUGGACGCUGCUGGUCACCGUGUGGCACCAGAGCACCAUCGCGCCCCUGCUCACCGCGCGCAAGGAUGAUAGUGGUGACCCCCGGCACGAGGCGCCACCUGGCACAGACCCCAGGGAGUACUGCAUGUCCGACCGGGACAUCGUGGAGGUGGUGCGCACAGAGUACGUGUACACGCGGCCCCCGCCCUGGUCUGACACUCUGCCCACCAUCCACGUGGUGACGCCCACCUACAGCCGCCCGGUGCAGAAGGCAGAGCUCACGCGCUUGGCCAACACCCUGCUGCACGUGCCCAACCUGCACUGGCUGGUGGUGGAGGACGACGCGCCGCGCCGCACCCCGCUGACGGCACGCCUGCUGCGCGACACCGGCCUCAACUACACACACCUGCACGUGGAGACACCCCGCAACUACAAGCUGCGGGGGGAUGCGCGUGACCCGCGCAUCCCUCGGGGCACCAUGCAGCGCAACCUGGCGCUGCGCUGGCUGCGGGAGACCUUCCCACGCAACUCCAGCCAGCCCGGCGUCGUGUACUUCGCGGACGACGACAACACCUACAGCUUGGAGCUCUUUGAGGAGAUGCGCAGCACCAGGAGGGUGUCUGUGUGGCCCGUCGCCUUCGUCGGGGGCCUUCGAUACGAGGCCCCAAGGGUCAACGGGGCAGGGAAGGUGGUCGGCUGGAAGACGGUGUUCGACCCCCACCGGCCAUUUGCCAUAGACAUGGCGGGAUUUGCAGUCAACCUGCGGCUCAUCCUGCAGCGAAGCCAGGCCUACUUCAAGCUGCGUGGCGUGAAGGGCGGCUACCAGGAGAGCAGCCUGCUGCGCGAGCUUGUCACCCUCAGUGACCUGGAGCCCAAGGCAGCCAACUGCACCAAGAUCCUGGUCUGGCACACACGGACUGAGAAACCUGUGUUGGUGAAUGAGGGGAAGAAAGGUUUCACUGACCCCACGGUGGAGAUCUGAGCCCCGGACACAGGAGCGCCUUCUGAGACCUGCUCCUGGCCGCCUUCUCUCCCCACGCUGUGUCCCUCCGAGGCGCACUCCUGUGGACUCGCUGCCCCCCUCCCUUCCCUGUGGGGCCUUCAGAGAGCCCGGCCCGAGGCCGGGACGAAGGACGGAGACCCUGAAGCACAGAACCCCCAGACCUGUUGGGCUCCACCCGCCCGGCAGUCCUGCGGAGUCGACGCCAUGGGCCCCGAACCAGGGGACUGCCCGGCUGGGACGGAGGUGAGAGCCCCGCAGAGCGGCCCUGGCCCCACGGUCACGGGACGGCGGCCCCCAGCCCCUGGCGUCCGGACCGAGCUGCUCCCGGGAGAGGAGGCCGGCCGCCCCCAGCGUGCUUUCCUCACUCCCGCCUGCAGAGCCUGGGGCCGUCUGAGCGCCCGGCAGGCCAGUCCGUACCUCACCUCGCGAAGGGAGCAGAGCCCCUCCAGGCCCUCGCCCCA